AUGAACGCCGACCUUCUAACCUGGAAACGCGAGGCCGUGGCGAUAACGCAAAUGGAACAACAACCAUCGCUUGAUGGCUAUGGGAAGAAAACAUGGUAUAUCAGAAUAAUCAAAGAGCUCUGGGAUGCGAAGGGAUAUGGAGAUCUCGGACUCUCAAGCCAGAGCUUACGCGAUCAAGCAGCUGCACUCGAAAAAACGCAAAGAGCCGGAGAGCAGGGGAAAUUUACGAUGGGAUGCACAGACAGAGGGCACGGCAAAUUGAAGAGUUUACGCUGGGGGAAACCUGUCCAGGGAGGAACGUUUCGGUGAAAAUUCGGAGGGUUUUUUAACUUUGUCUAUAAACGCAGAUUUAUUUCAUCUUGAAGAAGAGAGACAGAAUCGCAAUAUGGUAAUCUGCUAACAGUCUCAAGCCAAGAUCUACUACGUGAAGGUCGAAUCGGAAAACGCAAGGCGUCGGAACCAUCCGACAGAUCUUAGGUAUUUGCUAAGCCUGUGCUCCAAGGCCAAAUCAACCCAGCGGUGCGUUUUCUGA